GGGGCGUGGCCGCGACUCGAGGCUCAGGUAACAGGUUGAGCCCGCCCGGGGAGGAGGACAGAAGGUGUGAGAAGAGAGCGCGAGCCGGACUGCCCGGGGAGGCUGCGCAGGAGGAGCCAGGGUCCCUGAAGAACCCGAGUCCGCGGAGAAUGGACCACCACAUGAACGGCGCCAUGGCCGACAAGCACAGCCCCAUCGACUACGGGGUCCAGAUCCGCUUCAUCAACGACUUGAAGGAGCCCAGCAAGUCCCAAAAGAUCCGCCCCAAGGUGGCCAAGCCGGGCUCCUAUGGGGUCGCGGUGCGGGUCCAAGGGAUCGACGGGCAGCCCUUUGUGGUCCUCAAUAGUGGAGAGAAGGGCGGGGACUCCUUUGGGGUGCAGAUCAAGGGGGAGAGCAAGUAUGGGGCGCCUGCCAGGAGCCAGCCGCCGGAGGGUCCCUUCCCGGGGUCCCCUGGGGCAGCGUCGUCGUCCAAGGACGCCUCGGGAUCCAUCAGCUCGGAUUCGGAUCUGCCGGAGAACCCCUAUGCAGGGAAACUCUCUCGGUACAGCUCCCAAUACAGCACCUCGGACGAGGAGCAAGGCCCGCGGCGGGUGCCCAAAUCGGACAGCUUGGACGCGGCCCGCACGUACCGCAGCAACGGCUCCUCACCUCCCCAGACCGGCUACAGGACGCUGCCCCACAAAAAGUCCUCUGGGGAGCAGCUGCGGCGGACUCAGUCUCACAGCUCCCUGCUCGAUCCCGAACCGGACGCGCCCCAAGAACCCGGCCCGCCACGAACCCGGCCCGGCAACCCUUCCCAGUUGCCGCCCUCAGGGGGCGCCGUGAGGAGCAACAGCAUGAUGAACCUCCUGGGCCGCAGACUGCCGAGCCCCCGAGAGGAAGUGGGCAGCGUCUCCGGGUUGAAGCCGGUCGCCAAGGCCCCAUCGCUGGACACGGGCGCUCCCCGGCUGCUGCCCGCAGCCAACGCGGGCGGUGGCGGCAACGUUGAUACCAAGCCCUUGUCUUCGGUGGAUGCCCUGAUCAACAAGUUUGAUGGGAAGGCCCAGCAGAGAGGCCGGGCCGCGCGGAGGAGCCGGGUCUUGCCGGAGGACCGGAAGCGCUCGCAAAGCCUCGACGGAAGGGUGGUCUGCUGUGAUACUGCCGACUCGCGGGAGCUGGGUGUCGGCGAGCGCCAAGGAAGCCUCCCAGAAGGGAUGGGGCCCUCGGUGGCGAAGCAGCCCGGCUCGGCCAACCCCUCGGGGACGAGAAGCGUCCACAGAGCCGCCGGGCAGCAACUGAAGGAGAACGGAGUGGACAAGCCGAAGCUGACCCGGGAUUGGGUCGACAGGAGCCUGGAGGAGCCUGUCGCGGGAAAUCAGCCGAGGAGAGUCCAGUCGGAUCUGCAGCUGAAGUCUACCCCAGAUCUUCUGAAGGACCAGCAGGAGGUAUCUCAGCCGGGGAGCAGCGAGUAUGCAAAGGAGGUGAUCUACAAUAUCUUGAAGGAUGGAAGCACGGACAGCGAAGCCUUGGUGAAGAGAAAAACGAACCUGGUCUUUGAGAAAAUGCAAGCGCUUGUGGCUGUCCCGUCCGCGGAGUCGAGGGCGUCCGUCCCCCAGGAGCUGAAGCAGAAGGUUGAAGAGCUGCAGCGGAAGCUGGAUGAGGAGUCAAAGCUCCGUCAGAGGCUGGAAAUGACGCAGGACUACCGCCGAAACAGCGCCCCUCGCAACCUAGAGAUCCGCCUGGAGGAAUCUGAAGAGGAAUGCCGCAAGCUCCAAGAGGCCUUUGAGAAGAAGAGCCAGGAGCUGCAGAGGGCUUGGCAAGAGCUGAGGGAAGUGAAGAUGGUCAAGGAGCAGGCGGAAGCCAAGCUGACCGACCUGGAAGAGCAGCUGAUGGAGAUGCAGGAGGAGCUUGACCGCUUCCGGGAGCCCAUGGGAGGCGCUCCGGAUAGGGACGCGUUACUCAAAGAGCUGCUGGACACCAGGGAGAUGCUGGAGGAGAUCCUGACCGCCAAGCAGAAGCAGGAAGAGCAGCUGCGCCUGCGGGAGAGGGAGCUGACGGCCCUGAAAGGGGCCCUGAAGGAAGAGGUGGCCAGCCAUGACAAAGAGCUGGACCGGGUCCGGCAGCAGUACCAGCAGGACAUGGAGCAGAUGAGGCGCAACAUGGAGGACGUGUCGCAGGAUCAGGCCAGUUUGGAGGCCGAGAGACAGAAGAUCAACUCGGUGGUGAGGAACCUCCAGAGAGAGCUGGAAGAGAGCAAUGAAGAAGUGACUCACUGGAAGGAGAUGUUUCAGAGGAACAAGGAGGAACUGUGGAGCACCAAACAAGAUCUGAUGCAGGUGAAGAUGGAGCGUGAAGAAUUCGAGGAGGAGCUGAAGGAGAUGCGCGAGCGCUUCACGGUCAUGCGGCAGGAAGUGGAUCAGGUCCGGAGCAGCGCCGGGGACGCCGGCGAGGCCGACGCCCUCAGAAAGGGGCUGCGUGAGGCUCGGGAGCAGCUGAGGGAGCUGGUGUCGGAGAAGCAGGCCCAGGACGAGCUCCUCCGCCAGCGGGAGCGGGAGUUGGCCUCCCUGAAGGCGGCCCUGAAGGAGGAAGCGGCCGGCCGCCACCGCGAAGCCGAGGAGCUAAAGCGGCAGUUCCAGGAGAAUGUGGGGCAGCUGCGGAAGGAUUACGAGGAGGCGUUCAAGAUGAGGGCGACACUGGAGGGCGAGAAGGAGGCAACUGAGCAGACAAGGAAGGCCAUCGAAUCUACCUUGAGGGAGACCCAGGAGGAAAACGACGACCUCCGGCGGAAGAUCCUGGGCCUGGAGACGCAGCUGAAGGAGUAUUGGCACUUUGCUGACAACUGGCAGAGCACCGAGGCCAGGCUGAAGGAGAAGAUUGCCAAGCUGGAGGUGGCCCGCAAGCAGAUGGAGGAGUCCCUGGGGGACACCACGGACCGGGAGCAGGAGCUGUUGCUGGGGAAGAGAUCCCUGGAGAGCCGCCUGGAGGAAGCCCAGAGGAGCCUCAACCGGCUCUCGCGGGAGCACCAGGACCUGAGCGCGUCUUACCACGAGGAGCUGAAGCAGAAGGAGCAGCUGAAGCGAGCCAAGAGCGAGCUGGAGGAGGAGAAGCGCCUGCUGGACAAAAGCAUCGGGAAGCUGACGAAAGAGUUGGACCAGAUGGCCGAGGAGUCCCACAGCGCUUUGUCGGCCCUGCAGUCACAGCUGGAGGAGUACAAGGAGAAGUCGCGCAAGGAGAUCACAGACUCCCAGAAGCAGGCCAAAGACCGCAACGCGGAAGUGGAGAAGAUGCAGUACAACCUGGGGCGGCUGCAAGAUGAGGUAACGCGACUCAAGCAAGCCCUGCAGGACAGCCAGGCGGAGCGUGAGAAUGCUGUGUUGGACAAGGAGCUGCUGGCUCAGCGCCUCCACAACCUCGAGCAGGAGGUCGAAUCCAAGCGGCGGUCCCAGGACGAUCGGUCGCGGCAGGUCAAAGCGCUGGAGGAUAAAGCGAAACGCCUUGAAGUGGAGCUGGAUGAGGAAAGGAACACGGUGGAGUUGCUGACGGAGAGGAUCAAUCGUACCAGAGACCAGAUCGACCAAUUGCGAGCGGAGCUGCUGCAGGAACGUUCCGUCCGGCAAGACCUGGAGUGUGAUAAGAUCUCGCUGGAGAGACAGAACAAAGACCUCAAAAGCCGUCUGGCAAGCAGUGAAGGACUGCAGAAACCAAGUGCCAACGUAUCACAGCUGGAGUCACGCAUUCAGGAGCUGCAGGACAAGCUCCAGUCUGAAGAGAGAGAGAAGAGCGUCCUGGUGUCGUCGAACCGUAAGCUGGAGCGGAAGGUAAAGGAGCUGACCAUCCAGAUAGACGAUGAGAGGCAACACGUCAAUGACCAGAAAGACCAGCUGAGCCUGCGGGUCAAGGCGCUGAAGAGGCAAGUCGACGAGGCAGAAGAGGAGAUUGAGCGGCUGGAGGCUGCGCGGAAGAAGGCCCUGCGGGAGUUGGAGGAGCAGCUUGAGAUGAAUGAGCAACUGCAAGGCCGGGUCAAGGCUCUGGAGAAAGACCUCUGGCGCAAGGCAGCCCGGUCCACUGCUGAGUCGUCCCUGAAGGAUGACCACUUGAGCUCGGACGAGGAGGUUGACAGCGCCUACGGCCCGUCCUCCAUUGCGUCGCUGCUGACAGAAGGGAACCUCCAGACGAGUUCUUGCUAGCAACAACUGCCUGCGCUUGGGGGUAGGGAAGAAGAGCAUUCCCCCACGAGGGCCGUUGUUGAAGCUCCCACGUUAACACUCUUGAAACCCAAUGGCAAAACCAUCCCCUCUUUAAACAGUCUGCAAAAUCUGGCAAGGAACCAGAAGAUGGAGCGCGCCCCUGACAUUGUGUGCCUGUAGAUAAAAUAGACCUCUCUAUCUAUGUGAAGGAAAUGUUUUAUUUUUUGCUUGUUAAGGGGGCAGGGUCAGCAAGAUUGGGGAGAAGCGGAGUGUAACAUAGAAAUGAAAUGAUUAUGGUGUAGCCUUUUCUCUCUCCUCUCCCCACCCCACUUUGAUCUGGUUCUCAGGGCAUUGGUGAAUGAUUAAGAAAUCAAAUCAUUUUUCUUUUCUUUUCUUUUGUUAACCAAAUUGUAAUUCUUUUCGUUUGCCUAAAAAAGGCCUAUAUAGUCCAUAUGUCAAUGCAUGUGUACUGACACUGAUGUGCAAUAAUGUUACAGUGUAAGCUGGUGAGAUGGGAGAUAAGAAUGUGUUUGCAGGGGGGCACCUGUAGCCCCACACCUAUCCGGAACAUGAAUGUGGACAUUUAGCAGAAAGAUUCCGAGGUGGCCUUAAUCGUGUUGAUCGUUGCGUCCUUUUCUUCACCGGUGGGUCUUUCGUUCUUCAAGCCGAAGUUGCCUGAGAUGGAAGGGAUUGUUUCUUACUUUGCAACUGGGCACCUUUUUUUGGUGGUUCGGCUCAUAUUUCCCCCCCCAACGAGUCUGAUAAUAAUAGGUGUUUUGGCUCGUUUCUUCCCACUGCUCCGACACGAGCAUCCCUUCCUGUGUUUUCCUGAUCACCUCAUCAGAUGCUCUCUUCUCCCCUAAUGAAUGAAUUUCCUAACCAUGUUUCCAGAGCAAAGAUGACUUCAUAACAGAGAUACAUGAGCCUCUUUUGGGGAAGGGGCAUUUGAGUCCUCCAGAUUUCCAUUGUCACAUGUCGCUGGCUUUUUGCUCCCGACGUCGCACGAAGGUUGGAUAAGCAGAUAUCAGAACCAGGACGAUAAACGUGAAAACAAAGCUGUUGCAAGAGUUGAGCUAUGAGACGCAUCGGGUAGUGGGAAGCUCUCCAUUCAACUCAUGCUUGGCUUGGUGGCCAUGGAAGUCUAUUGAAGAAACCAGUACAAGUUGGCAUAAACUUGUAUUGGCUCCUUCAAUAUAGCUGUGAUCUCCGCCCUCGUGUUCAGCCAACCACUCUAGGAACACUCAGCUUCUCUGUACCCUGAUUGCCCAAGUAUCUAUUUCUGAAAACCUCCACCAAAUGGUGGCCAUUUCCAUUUCGUAGGGAGAGGACUCCGGCCUAUGGGAUCUGCCUUUGGAAGAAGAGCAAUGGCAGGAUUCAAAGCGGAUGCCGAUGGAAGAACGUAUUUGAGACUGGUGGGGACGGGGAAGCUUGCGUCUCGAGCACUUUAUUGCCAAAACAAUCAGGUCCACACCACUAAAUCAUGGAUGUCUCCGAAUAGGCUUACCUUCCCAGUGCUGACGACCACAGAACCUGAUACGCUCAGUGCAGGUAUACAAAAGUGAGAAGUAAUCCAUAUCCUCCCAACAGUUCUUCUAAACCAUUUCCCAUUGUCUGGCUCGUAAAGCAACCACAGAGGGAGAUCGUCGCAACCAUUUUGGGGAUGGAUGGUCCCGGAGGCAUUCUCAACAAUCCUGUUUGCCUACAACUCCUUGAAAGUCAGUCGCUUGACGCCAGCCCUGAUCAGGCCAUGAGCAGACGCCCCUCUCGGGCAGCCAUCCACGAACUGCUUCCAACCUGAUUAUCUAACCAGCGAGUCUUCAUGCCUGUCGCUCGUGUGUCUGGAAACCUAACCCGCAGCUGAGGAAUACGUAGCAGAGAAGACUGACAUGGGCAGGCCGGAGGCACGGAAGAACCCUGUCGGAGCCAUUUUGUGGGGCUCUCCUUGCAUCUGCACACUUUGCUUAGCAGCCUUGCCGUUCCAAAGUUGCCUGGCUUUUGAGUGGUCUUGGGAGCUGCAGCUGGGCACCUCUUUCAACUGGGCCUCGGGGAAAGUGGCAUAAGCGUCACUCCACGUAGCCGGGCACCUUCUAGAGGUCUGUGUACUCCUCCUCCUUUCUAAUUCCCAGCUUCACGCAGGGCAGGGAGAGGGUGCUGUGCUGUGGGACCCUCCUGAGUAAGGGCUGCUGCCUUCCAUCCCUUUACAGUCCCCAAUUCAGGUUUCCCUCAUUCAUCUCUCUCCAGGCCUUCCACCAAGUGCCUUAUUGCUUGUCUGUUCCAAGAGGGGUGGCAUUUUAACACAUGUUUCUGAUGGGAGAAAGAUUGUGGGUUGUAUUUGGAAACACCCCCCUCCAACGAUACCACACGUGCAGGCUGUGGCACUUAUGCAAAUCCACGUGCUCGAGCCAAGGAAAAAGUGCCGUCGUGUGAACAUAGCAGCAUCUUUUGCCGUGUGCUCCCCUCUCAGCAGCUGGUACCAUUCAGUUGGUCUCACAGUGGCAAUAAACAAGUUUUUUUUUUUUAAAAAAAGAUCCUUAAAUGCUGGUUCUUGACAGGAUGACUGUUUUAGUUUUCCGCCUCGGCUAUGCAGCUACUGGCUUCAAAGGGUGCCAGGUCAACUGCUGAGGUGAUUUUUGGCUCUUUGUGGAGUUGGCCCAAAGAGGCGCAUUUGUUCUGUGGAGCGGGGAGCUCUUCCUGCCAUGAGGUGGUCCUCCACAAGACGUCUCAAGAAAUCCUGAGUAGCUUGUAGGCAGAGGCUUCCAGAAAGAGCGUCCAGCAGAUUACGGAAGGGGCCAAGAUGGAGUUGGAGGCUGGUGUUCCCUGUCGUGGGGAUUCCCAGAUGCUGACUAUGACUCCCAUAAUCCCCAGCUAAAUGCCAUUGCAGCUGGGGAUGCUGGGAGCUGUAGUCAGUAUCUGCUGGAGGCUCCACUUCAGGUGACAAAUUCUUGUCCAAGUAUAGCCCGUCCCUCAAUCCUAACCUUGUUGUCCCUGUCGGCUUGGGCACUGCUUCCAGGACACUGUUGGGCGUGUGUGUAUAUGCACGCAUGUUUUGGACAGUGAAAACACAGAGGCCUGGCCUUCCGCAUGGCACUAAGAGUAUUCAAGAUGUUCCAUCUCCAAGCAACAUGCAUCAGAACAGAAACUACAGUUGUACACGUGAAUAUAGGCUUCACUGCUCUUGACCCCCUCUCCAAUAUUUUUGCGACCAUGUGGUCCUUUGGUCCAAGGGCAGAAAGCCGAUUUUUGCCACAACUUGGGCUGCUCAUCCGUCCGUUUUUCCUUGGGUAGCAAGUCAUCUCUUUUCUAAAAAGCCGAGUUUUCUGUCGGGGCAGGAUUUGGCCAAAAUUGUGAUAGAUGUGUGCGAUCAGCAGACCUCUGCAAAAACAAGAUCUCUGAACCAUUGUGUUGUGCCUUGGAGCACAUUUCUUGGCUACAGGUUUCCUACCAGACUCUUCUGGGCUUUGAAGACACUCUUGGGUGAGCCUCCAUCAACCAGGACGAGCUGAUCUAACAGAUUCCGAGAGCGUUUUCGACACUCUUCCACUUCUUUGCUGAGUAUCGAGACAAUCAAAGGGUGUCAUCUACGUGGAGUUUGUGGCCAGCUCUCCAACAUGCUUUGGGUUUGGGGGAGUUGCUGGGCUUUGGGAACUGGGUGAAAUUGGAUGAUCUGUAAGGCUCAGCAGCAACAAACUCCUCCUCCACCCUAACAGGCCACCAUACAUGGCUAUUUAGUUGCAUUCUGAUGGGUGGGUAACAACACAACCUGGUCUCAAAUGGACUUAUGAUAACUCCUGCCAAUGGUCAUGUUCUGCUUGAUUCCCUAAAGCAAUGCAUGCUGGGAAGACUUUGGUUUGAUGCCACACCACGUUCACAAAGAACUAUUCAGGAGUAAGCAAGCUGGGCUGUCUAGCUGUUGUUGAGCUCCCAUAUCCCCAGCUACAAUGAAGGGUGUCUGGGGAUGAUGGGAGUUGUAGUUCAACAGCUAGAGAACCAAGAUUGCCUUACCCUGAUUUAGUUCUCCCUUUUUCCUGUCAGAUCAUUGGGCUGAUAAGAAGAAACCUCCCUUGGACCAAUGAAUUCUCCUUCCUUUGUCUAAUUGUGUGCCCAGAGGAUCAUUUUGGUAGAAGGACCUUUAAGGCAGAUUGUGAUGUGAUUGAUCCAAAUCGUCUGAAAUAGGCUGAAGGCCACCACGGACCUCUUAUUUUUAGGGCUAGCAAAAAAUACAGUGGCUACUUUCUGACUGAAUACUGACAAUGCAAUAAGAUUUCACUUCUGCAUUGUAUUGCAAUAACAGAUUAUAUCACUGCAUUAUGUUGGGGGAUUCAGGGCCCAUGAAUGUCUGCUGCAAUUCAUCCCAAUAAGUUUAGAAGAGCUGUCAGCCUUUGGCAGUGCCGGAUACCUCUGCUGCUAUCAGGAACACAAUGGACAACUGUCAAAACCCACCCUGCAAAAACAGGUGUCUGAGAAAUGAGCAAAGCUCUCUGUGUUGGAUUUCUGCCUGUCCUGUUCCGUUUUCCAGGGGCAAAAUUUGGGGUAUGGUUUUUCCACCCAGACCCUCUGAAGCCAUACUCCCACUUUUUGCAGUAAUGCAAUAAUUUUAGGCAUGUAUUUGGAGGAAGGAUCUGAUCCAAGUGGAAUGUUUCAUUAUUUUGUGCACACAUCCUUCAAUGAUGGGUUUGUACAGUUUUAAAUGGCUGCUAAUUUGAUCUGGGUUGGUUUUUAUCAUUUGUAACUUCUGAUUUCCCUCCAGAUUUAUUUUUCCUUUAUUAAAGAAACAAAACAAAACCUUGUACAUUGAUUUUUAAAAUAAAGUCCUAUAUUAAUUUGGG